CAAAAAACAACAAACAGUGAAGUUCUUCCAGGAUGCUCAUACUGUCUCGUACUCCAGGGAUAGAGUUGAGAGCAGGCUUUAAAAAAGAAGUAUGGCGUGGCGUGUGCGCCAUCGCUCCAGGACAAUCUGCCUGUCCCUGGUCUUCAUCACCAUUUUCAUCCACCUUCUGCUGGCAUUUGUCUCGCUUUCCAUUCCCCGCCUGCCUUGCGACUCCCCACUGCCACCUGGGACGCGUGCCUUUAGAGACUUGGCACGCUUCAACCACACCUCGGAUGGCAUCAAACGUCUAGCAGAGCCUCCAACUGGAAUUCUAGAAGGUGAUGCCAGAGGUCACAGGGAAACAGUCGUUGACAAAGAACUGCCAGCGAGAGGAGGUAUGACGGCGGGCAUACGGCAACAUGGUGCCAACCAAACAGAACGUUUGGAGUCUGACUUGUUGAAGCUAAAGGCGCUGUUUGACCAUCCACUUUACAACAUCCCUACGCCUUCCAUCCCUGAGGAUGACUGGCUGCUGAAAGUAAAACCAAAGGCCAAGGAAAGUGAGAGGAGCUCCCUGAUGUGGGUGAGCGCUAGCCAAGAAGGAUACGAUGAAGUUCAGUGGAACAGCAGCAGUGAGAGCCACCCUCCAUGGCUGCGCUUCCAUCUGGGCAUCACCCGUUGGGAGCUUUACCCCCAGCAUGACCCCAACAUGGAGCUUUUGACCCAGCAGAUCGCCACGCAACGCAUCGUCAGCGCAGUGCAGAAGUCCGGGGGGACACAACUGAAGCUGGUGAUGUCAUUUCCAAACUAUGGACAAGCCCUGUUCAAACCCAUGAAACAGGAGAGAGAAGAAGAGACCAACUACAAUCUUUACUACUUCUCUGACUUUGAAAGACACAACGCAGAAAUUGCAGCUUUUCAUUUAGACAGGAUUUUGGGUUACAGGAGAGUCCCCCCUGCAGUUGGAAGGCUAGUGGAUGUGGUCAAGGAGAUCAAAGACAUCACCACGGAUCGCAAAUUGGCCAAAACCUUCUUCACGUCCCCCGUGGGCAAUGUGUGCUUCUAUGGCCAGUGUUCCUACUACUGCUCCACUGAGCAUGCUGUGUGCGGAAGACCUCUGAACCUAGAAGCCUCCUUGGCUGUCAUGCUACCAGAUCUGUCCCUAGCACCUCGGAGAAGUUGGAGGUCUCCAUGGAGACGCUCAUACAGCCGCAGCAAGCUGGCAAAAUGGGAGACAGAACCUAAUUACUGUUCAACUAUAAAAAAGACUGCGCCUUACAACAAAGGCACACGCCUGGUGGACUUCAUGGAUAUGGUCAUUUUGGACUUUCUGAUGAGUAACAUGGACCGGCAUCAUUAUGAAACCUUUGAGAAAUUUGGCAACAGCACUUCCCUGCUGCAUCUGGACAAUGGGAGGGCAUUUGGGCGUCACUCCAAAGAUGAGCCUUCAAUCUUAGUCCCACUGCAACAGUGUUGCAGAAUCCGUCGCUCUACUUGGCUUCGUCUCCGUCUCCUGUCUUUGCCUCAGUAUCACAUCAGCGACGUCAUGAGGGCCUCGCUGUCCACCGAUCCUCUUCACAAGGUGGCUCCUCUGUUGACUGAGCCUCAUCUCGCUGCCCUCAGUCGCCGUUUGAAAACUGUGCUGGACACUGUAAGUCUCUGCCAGAAGCAGCAGAAAGAAACCGGCAGAGAAAGUGUCUUCUAUGAUGACCUGGACAGUCUUGAAAAAUAGCUCCUUUUUUGCUGGCUCCUAAGAUUUGUGUUUAUACAUAACUUUCCUUUUGAGGUCAAAUGUAGUGAAGAGAAAACACUUUACAGGGACAGCUUCUGUAUGGAGUCGCAGAUAUUACAAUAUUUACACCAAACAAAUGAAUAAAAAGACAAAAGAGACCGCCA